AUGGAGGACCAUGGACAGAAAUGUGCCUUCAGUGAAGUUCAGUGUAGGCUUGGCAAAGUAGGUGCUAUGAAGGAGUGGACAAUAGCCUCUCCUUUCUUCACCCAUAGACAGUCAGUAGGAUCACAUGCUUCUGUUCUGAACCUAGAAGCAGAAGAUACACACAUAAAAUUCUGCAACAUGGCCCAAUGUUGUUAUUGUUGUUUUUCCACAGCAGCAAAAUGGAGAAGAGUGUGACGGGGAUAUGAAAGUCUAGUUUUGCCUCAGAUGGUUUCCCAGCAUCAGACAAUUUCACAAUGUUCUCUGUGGGAAACAACAUGACACAGCAGAUUUAUCCAAAUUCAGCAGUUAUUUAUUACUGCCUACAGACAGAGGACAACAAUCUUUUACUGUUAAGAGGAGCAAUAAACAAAUUAACUGAAUCGUAUGCUGAUUCUUAUUAUCUCAGCCUGAAUUGGCCAAGCUUUCUUUCCCUCUGGCAGCUUAGCAGACCUAACCUCUCUCUCAGACUUUGAAACUAACUGUGAAUGUGAAUACUAUUAUUUCUUCCGCAUGGCCUGCUAGCCUGCAGCAGGUCCGUGCAGAGUGGGGACAGGGACAGAGGAACAAAGCUGGGUACACUUGCCUCAGUCCUUGGAGGGCUAAGCUAGAGGGCAAACCCUCCAAGUGUCCCUAAUUUCCAUGGACAGUCCUGGAUUUGCAGAAGCAACCCCAGUUUCUGAUUUGAUCCCGGAAUGUCCCGCUUUUCCUUAGGAUGUCCCUAUUUUCACCAGAGAAAUGUUGGAGGGUAUAGAGUUAUGCAACCACCCCGAGCCAAGGAUAUAAGUAACUAUACAACCUUUAGAACACAUCUGAAGGGAGCCCUGUAUAGGGAAGUUUUUAAAUGUUUAAUGUUUUAUUGUGUUUUUAUAUGCAGUCAUACCUCUUGUUACGUUCGGUUCAGGUUACGUCUUUUCAGGUGGCGUCUUUUCAGGUUUCACCGCUUGCGCAUGUGCAGAUGCUCAAAAUGAUGCCACAUGCAUGCGCAGAAGCGGCAAAUCGUGACCCGCACACACGCAGACGCGGGUUGCUUUCUGCUCAUGCUGUGAACAGGGCUCUGGAACAGAUUCCAUUCACAACCAGAAGUACCACUGUAUGUUGGAAGCCACCCAGAGUGGCUGGGGCUAAAAUAACAGCAAUUAUUAUUAUUAUUAUUAUUAUUAUUAUUAUGACUUCCCUAUUUUCAUUGGAGAAAUGUUCGAGGGUAAGCAUGUGGAGGUUCCUAUUUUGUUAAUCUUACUUUCCCCCAAGCUCAAGCAAACCUUUAAGGCAGGGGUGGAGCACAUUUCUCAGCCUGAGGAUGGCAUUUCCUUCUGGGCGCCCUGCCAGGGGCCACAUACGAGUGAAAGGCAGGGCAAGAGUGGAAGUAAUUUUUACCUUGGCUCAGUAGACUAGUUUCUACACACACACACCCUUCUCUGUCCUCCACUGAGGCAGGCAAGAGGCAUUAUGAAAGUUCAAGGACUCAUUUCAACCAGGCAAAAACACUCAAAGAAGGUACAAAGCAAGGCUGGUGUGAGGCAUUGCCUGGGGGAGAAGUGAUGUCGUAAGGAGGGCUGCAUUUGGCACUUAGGCCUGAGGUCCCCCACCUCUGUUUUAUGGCUCUCUGUUUUCAGAUUAUGUUAUUAUCCAUGACUAAUAGCUAACAUCAUUAGAUGCCUCUGGCUCAUCAUAGAUGAAUUUGUGGAACCAGUGAGAUAAGAGAGAUUCCACGCUGCACACUUUUGUACUUGGGACCCCAUUCUAGACACAACUUUACUGGGAUGGCACACAAAGUGCUCUAUCCCAGAAAAUAUGUUUAUUCUUAUAUAACAAAAUUUAUAUACUGCUUAAUUAAAAAUAUAUCUAAAAACAAUGUACAUAUAGUGGUAUAAAAUGUGCAUUGAAACAGACUGAAGUAAACAUAAUAAAAUUAUAAAAAUAUAAAACGAUCGUGCUUCCCCCGAAAUGUGAAAAGUGUGGCACUGUAACAACUUCAUUGUGAGUACAGUACCAGCAGCAUUUUCCCCAAAGAAAAAGCACUGGAAACUAAUAUAUUUAAAAACAAAUGUACAUAAUAAUAUUGCUUGUUAAAUUAUAUGUCUGGUUAGCAGGCAUCAAAAACUGUACAAUGAAAGAAAAAAAUAUGUGUUAUCAAUUGUCAGACACUAGAUUUCUUUUUAUAUCUUUUACUUAUAGGUUGGCUCUCUGCAUUAGCUGGUGCAAGGCUCUGAGCAAAAGUGCUUUUGGAAAUAGCUGUAAAUUGCCAAAAUGAUGCCUGAUUUGGUAAUAAUUUCAUUACUUCUUUCAUUGUACUUUUUAUCUCUUUUGUUGCUUAUUUUUCUUCUUUGUUUUAUUUUUGUUUAAAGCCUUUUUUCAUGUUGCAACAUAUGCAAUCAUUACAUCAGCCACUAGAUGUCGGGGUUAACUCACUUGCACAACGAGUUUCAUUUCCCCUGGUUAAGUUAAAUCAAUAUGUGAAAUUUUUUGAUAAUCUAACUGUAGAUUUACUCUUUCUGCCCAUGCCAUAUUCCCUAAGCCUCCACAGUUCCUUUGUGGAUCACUACACUUUAAAGUAAAAUUACAGGAGUUUCACACUGUUCCUUGAAUGGUAGGAAAACAUGAGCAGGGAGCAUAUACUGGUGACAGAGUAUAUUUUCGGAGGCAAGGGGAGGUUGGACUAGAUGCUCGUGGUCCCUUCCAACACAAUACAAUUCUAUUCUAUUCUGAACCUACUUUUUCACUACCUGGUAAAAAUGUGAGAAGCUAGUAAAAAUCAAAUUAUCGGCAAUAAAGGAAUUCCAGUAACUCUCUCAAACACCCCAACCACAACCACUAUUUCCCAAACUGAAGCUCAGACCAACCAUUCCCCACCCAAUUAUAUAUCUGUAUCUAUCUAUGUAUGUACCCAGACUGCAUAUGUUGUGUGUGGCUGCCAUAGGUUCAGAAGCACUCAGGAAACGAAACUGUAACUAUUUCAACAAACUCCAGGUUAAUAAUAAGAGUGUUAAGUAAACAUUUGCUUGGAUACAGCCCAGUAUUCUUACUGAGAGACAGAGGUAAUUAUUCUUUAAAAAACCAAAUCUCACUAUUCAAAGAAAGCUAAGUUCCAGAGAUAUUCAUCUGUCAUGCAUGUACAAGACAGGAAAAAAUGGUUCACUAAAUUUCUGGUGGCGGGUAAGCAGGGAUUCCAACUUGAGAAAAAUAUUGGGGGGGGCGCAGGUAAACCCCACCCCACAAGCACACCAUUUUAAUGGCAAUGCCCAUCAACUGGGGUGGGUGAAGAAGGCUCCAAAAUUUUAUAGGAGGGGGGCGAAGGGACCUCGGGCCCUAGGAACUGGCUCCUAUGAGGAUAAGAACUUGUAUCAGAAUUCCAAAAUCCAUUUCAUGGGAGGGAAAGGGGCAGUCAGAGAGGGACGAUGGCGCCUCAGGCCGUGCACCUGCCACACUCGAUUUUUAUCAUAGGGUGGCUCAGUUUAACAACGAUCUCCACCUUUGCGGAGAGGGAAGAGAUGAUAUGCAAAGCAGUUUUAAAACAAACCAGGAAGGACGGUGGAGUGAGAGCGAAACUGGGAAAGUUGACUUGUGUCAGCAGGAGUUGUGUGCGCGUGCAUGAGGGGAGAGGGGGCUAGAAUCAGACAGGAUUGAUUCAUCCGUCCCCACCCCGCCAAAGCCCUGCCUUAGAAUGUUAAAACAACUUGACUCACUUUUUCUUGUCCAUUUCCUUUAUCUUCCCUUUAUCCUUUCUUCUCGCUGCCCCGCCCCUCUGUCUCUCUCCUCCAAGUCUCUCCACCACCACCACCGAAAAAGGCACAGUCCGGAGUCACCUUCUAUUGGCCAAUCGCUCCUGCCUUCUCAGAAGCAUCGCCAGAAUGGGGAAGUAGCUGUGCGUUCUUCGCGCAACAACGAUGUUUUUACUUUCACUUCUUACGCCUUCGCCCGCAGGCAUUGUUGAGGGGUCUGCGGAGCGUGAUCGGGAGCAGGUAGGAGCGUGCACCCGCAGAUGAAUCUCCUGUGUGAGGGGCUUUUCUUUCCGCCCCCGCCCCCUUUUCCUGCCUCCUCUGUCAUGCAGGAGGCUGAUCCUUGUGCCAUGCAUUGUCAUGCUCAGCUGACGGAGAGAGAGCCUCCCGUCCCUUCUCCCUCGUUCCUCGUGGGCUUCUUUUUUCUUUUGCUUGUGUUUUAAAGAUAGAUUUAGCCUCCUCGUCUUUCUGCCUUCGUUGCUUGGAAACUUCGCGUCUUGAAGAUCGGGUGGGAUUUCAGCUCCACCUUUGACAGCUGCAGGUUUUGUUUUGUUUUCUUCCCCCCUGGAUGCUUUACGAGUGCAUUUUGAUACGAAGCAGGAGUGAGGACGGCUUGGGGACAGGAUUGGGCAUAAAAACAUCGAAGUGAAUGUUUAGGGAUCAUUUCGGUGUUAUUGCACUGUUAAGAAAGCUUCGUGUUGCCCUGUUCUCUUUGCCUUACCGCCUAGUCCAGGGUUAGACAACUUGGUGCCUACAAUUCCAAUAAUUCCUGACCAGUAAUUUAUACUGGCUGCGGCAGAUGGGGGUUGUAGUUUAAAAUAUCUGGAGGGCAUAUCAGACAUUGGCUAUCCAUGCCCUGUUAAGUGUGCUUAUAGCAUUGGUGCCUGAGUCUCCAAUUCCUUUUUUCAAUUUGCCUGAAAUGUGUCACUUCUAAAAGUUGCUAAGUUAAGGGGUAAAAAGAGGAAGAGAGCCAAUUUCUCACCAAACAUACCUUUAUGGCAUUCUAAUCAGAAAUACCUUUACACCAGGGGUGCCAACUUGAAUAAAAUAUUGUGGGGGCCCAAGUAAGCCCCGUUCCACAUAACUGAUCACAUGACACAGUGCACACACAGUGUGCACACACACACACACACACUAUUUGCAUGGAAAUGCCCACCAACUUUGUGAGGGUCCGGCCCCCUCAAAUAUUUUAUUGUGGGGGCUGAAGUCCCCACAGCCCCUAGGGGUUGGCUCCUAUACUUUGUACCCAUUAUAGUCAAUGAAGGGCUAGCAGAAAUGAUAAAUGGCAACAUUCCCUCCUCCCUUAAAAUUCUAGUUGUUUUAUAUUUUUACUGUAAACUGCCUCGGUAAUAUUUGUAUCAACGUUGGUAUGGAAAUCCAGUGAACAAAUGAAGGGUAUUAUCUCAAGGAAAGGCAGGGCCCACCUUCAAGCACACAUUUCUAGCUCUACUCCUGUACAAAAUGUAUUCUAUCAGCCUUUUUGCAUAGGAAGGCCAGUAUAUGGUGUCCUAUGCAUGUCUUAUGUGUGUCAGUGGUCAUAGUAGUAUCUGUAGAGUUGGAAGGUACCUCAAGGAUUAUUUAGUCCAACCCCCCGCAAUGCAGGAAUCCUGUUCACAUCUAUCCCUGGGUGGGCUUGAACCACCAACCUUCUGGUUAAGAGCCAGACACACUGACUCAUUGAGGCACUUUGUAAAUGCUCACAGACACUGUGGGUUGGAUACAAAGAAAGUUCAAGCUACUCUGUAGUCCUGUUGAAAUCAAUGGCCAUGGCUUGACUUUAUAUUCCAUUGGGACAAAAGUGUAGCUAACUUAACCUCUGGAUCCAGCCUGAUGUUCUUGCUUUGGAUGCUGUGAGGUUAGGUGCUGGCAGUGAAGGUAACCGUUCUGGGCUUAACACUUUAAGUGUCCCUGGUUCAAAUUAAGCUGAAGACUGGGAGGAAGUAGGUGUAGAUCCUCACUCCAAAAUCAGAGCUCCUCAGACACAUAUAAUGCGUUGUUCCAUAUGCAAAAGAUACUUGGCUAGUUUAGUCUCCAGCAGGGCUGGAAAAAAUUCCCUGCCAGGGGAAGAGCUGAUGCUGGUUGAUAUCAAUAUGAGCUAGAUGUAUCCAUUGCCUAACUUGGUAUAACAAAGCUUCCUUGUGUGUUUAUAUCCUUAAGUAGUGAAAAUCCUGUUCGUGCUCAGUUAUUCCCUUUUCAUCACUAAAGAGAAUAUCUCCAUCCCCAAGUAGAGGUUGGUUCCUCCCUCCCUUCCUCCAUGAAGACAACAUCCUACUCCCUGAGUAGAGGUCCAUCCCUCCCUUCCUCCUUUCCCAGAUAAAGUCUGCUAUUUAUACCUCCCAUACUAACAGAGAGAUUAACUCAGCAACAAUGCCCAAUAACUUAAAGGCUGCCAACACCCUUUAUUGUUGCUACUGAGGUUUAAUGACCAGAGCCACUGUAGUGUAGUGGUGUCUGACUAAGACUGUAAUUUCAAACCCAGUCACCUGGGGAUAACUUGAUGGUACAAUUCACGGGUUGGAUCAGAUUGUAAGAUACCGAGCUGUAUUGCAGGGAGCCAAAAUCCCUCAGUCAGAAACUUGCUAGUUGGCUUUAGGCAUGUCACUCUCUUUCAUCCUUGACCCCUGGUUCUCCUACAAUAUAACAGUGCAAUUAUUUGGAGCAUACUUUUGGGAGUAUGGAGAGUGCUGAGGACCUUCUGUGUAGAUUUUGCACCUCUAAGCAGAAAGAGGGAGAGAAACUCUGCAUAUGUGCAGUGAAUGGGUAAAAUCAUACGAUGACUGGCCUGAAAGGACAAAUUAUUAUAAUAAUAAUGUAUUUAUUUAUACCCUGCCAUUUCACCUUACAGGACUCAAGGCGGCUUACCAGGAGUGCCAGCUUGGCCCUGUGGCCAUGGGUGCCAUGCAGUGUGCAUGGCCCUGGCACUGAAAUUUGUGGGUGCCCGGCCCCUUCAUGGGGGAUUUUGUGGGUCCUUAGGUACCCAGGGCCCCAGGGAGCUGGCACCUAUGUGGCUUACAGAUAAAAACUAUAAUCAAUUUAAACUCAGGGAAAACGAUCAUUACAAUAAUAAUAAUAAUAAUAAUAAUAAUAAUAGAAUUAAUUAUAUAUACAAAUAUAAAAUCUAUUUAAAACAUUCAAAUAAUUACAAUAAAAAACAGCACAGCACCAGCCCUUUCCAUAAAAGCUGUCAAUUCCCAAAAGCCUGUGGGAACAAAAUGGUAUUCCAAUGUCAGCAGCAGGUCAACAAGGAGGGAGCCAGCCUAGCUUGUCCAGGGAGGGAGAUCCAAAAUCUGGGAGAAGUCACCAAGAAGGUCUCUUCCCAUGUCCCCACCAAGCGUGCCAGAGAGGGUGGCAGGACUAAGAAAAAGACUUCCCUUGAAAAUCUCUGAAGCCGGGCAGGUUCAUAUAAGAGAAUAUGGUCUUUCAGAUAGCUUGGAUCUAAGCCUUGUACAGCUUUAUAGGUCAUAACCAGCACUUUGAAUUGUGCUUAGAAGCAGACCGCCUUAGCAGGGGAGUCAUAUGCUCCCUAUAAUGAGCCCCAGUCAACAAACUGGCUGCAGCUCUUUGAGCCAGUUGAAGUUUCUGAGCAUUUUUGAAAGGCAGCCCCACACAGAGUGGGUUACAGUAAUACAAACAGGAUGUAACUAAGGCGUAUGCUGCUGUGGCCAAAUCAGACAUCUGAAGAAACGGGCACCUCAAGGAACCUUCAAGGAGAAGGUUGCACAAGUCUUGAAGGCCUGCAUGAUGUACUGUUAGUAAAUAUCCGCAAGAGAGAGAGAGCAAUUAGGUAAUCUGCCAACAUUCUGCCACCUAAUGAAGGAAACCACAAUAAUUUUAAGGAAAUUAAAGGGCAAGAUCACUGAGUUAAUGUGUGUGCAGUGAAUUCUCUAACGUUCAAUAAAUGUGCCUUUGGUCAUUUUUGCACAGGGUUGGAAUUUAAUUAUAAAGUGCCACUUUUGAUGGUGCAAACUGAUUGCAGGGGCUCCCAUGCAUGUGUGGAGCUUUCAUAUUUGAAAUGGCUUCCUGGCUCAGUUGGUUAGAGCGUGGUGCUGAUAAUGCCAAGGUUGCUGGUUUGACAGCUGCAUAUUCCUGCAUUGCAGGGGGUUGGACUAGAUGAUCCUCAGGGUCCCUUCCAAUUUUACAAUUCUAGGACAGUCCUCCAUGUGCAGGUUUUUGUACAGGGAAGCUGCUCUCUUCACUGGAAGAAAAGGUCACAUAACCUGAUGCAUAAGUGCCUCUGAGCACAUGCAGAUCUUUACAUCCAGGGGCAAAGAGUUUUCUGCAUCCUUUGGAGAAGAUGACCGGUAUCUUAUUUCAGAAGCUGGCAAACUGAGCAGAAGAAAUAUUGUGAAUUUAAACCACCACCAAGGAGGAUUUCCUCUGCUCUCAUCUCUUGCCCACUCAUACCUGGUUCUCUCAGACAUUCAUGCAAGCCCAGUUUUGCACCAGGCAGCAUUUAAACCAAGAGAACAAAACAAAGAAGUGCCUAGCUUAUCUUUGCCAUCUGUUUCCUCGCCUCUGACACAGUUUCUCCUCAUCUCUUUUUAAUGCAGAGGCUUGCAUGACUGCUCCAUUAGUUCAAGGGCAUUUUCAGGUCUUUCCCUAUAUCUAGGUGGGUCUCUGCAACCUGGUGCCCUCCAGGCAAUCUACCCCAAUGCUGGUGCUAAUGGGAGUUGUACUGCAAAACAAAAUAUUUGCUAUUGUUCAAUGCUUAUCUCCGUUCCACCAUUUGGCCAAACAGGCAGGGUUGGUCAAAUAAAAGGCACAGGGGCCACAUGCAGCCCUUAAGACCCACAACAUUUGAGUGCCCCUUCCCAGCCCUUGCACUGCCUUCCCAAAGCUGGGUAAGUGUGCCUCCUUCAAAAGUGGGCCGGAGGGUUGCAACAUGAGAAUGUGCCUUCUCUGUGGUGGCUCCCUGCUUGUGGAAUGCUCUCCCCAGGGCGGCUUACCUGGUGCCUUUGUUAUAUAUCUUUAGGUUCCAGGCAAAAGCUUUCCUCUUCUCCCAGGCCUUUGGAUAAUUAAACAAUCUAUGGCCUUUAAAACUGUGUUGUUGUUGUUGUUGUUGUUGUUACAGUAGUACAGUCAUACCUUGGUUCUCGUACACCUUGGUACUCAUACAUUUCGGCUCCCGAACGCCUCAAACCCAGAAGUGUUCCAGUCAGGGGUGGAGGUCUGCCCCGGGUGUCACCACUGAGGGGGGUGACAAAAUGCCGGGCGGCACUCAGCGCGGGGCCUGCAGUACGCCCGAGCCUGCGUCUCUCCUGGGAGUGACGUGGUGGCUUGGGCACCUGCAGGCUCCGCUCUGCCCCAAACAGUCCAGCUGUAGGGCAGCUGAGUGGGAGGAGGCAGGCAGACUCCUUGGAGGCCCCAUGGAACUUCCUGCCCCGGCUCGCCUUGCCCUGUGGGUGGCUGCCCCCACCCCUGGGCUCAGGGCACAUGCGCCGCCCCAGGUGCCUGAUUGGCUUUCUCUGCUGCUUGUUCCGGUUUGCGAAUGUUUUUCGGAAGCCAAAAGUCCAACACGGCUUCCACUUGAGUGCAGGAAGCUCCUGCAGACCACUGGAAGCUGCGGCUUGGUUUUCGAAUGGUUUUGGGACUCCCAGAAUGGAUUAAGUUCAAGAACCAAGGUACCACUCUAUGUAUUUUUUUCUGUAGAUCCCAGGUUGGUUUACAACAUAAAAUGACAAUAUAAAAAACAAUCAUAGAAUAGCUUUGGAGCAGAUUUUUCUCACUUCUGCUUCUAGAUUAGCCGGAUAACUACAGGAAAGGUGCCUCAGUUGGAGCUUCAUUACAAUCUGACAAGUUUUGGCAAUAAGUUAAUAAUGAAUAUGUGAAAAAUGGAGUGGAUGGGAAGUUAUAUGUAAAGUAAGAAGAUAUUCUUUAUUUUAUUAUAUUAGUUUUUCCCACUUUUAGUUGAUUUGCUUUAUAAUUUUGUAUUAAUGGAUGAUGAAGAAUCUUUCUUUUGUUUAUUUGAAUUAAGCAAAUAAAAUUUAAAAAAUGAAAAAAGAAAAAAAACUACUACAGGAAAGGUGCCUCAGUUGGAGCUGCAUUACUACUGAAAAGAUUAAAGUUGGUAGUUUAUGGAGUUGAUAUCUCUAACCGCCAGCCUGUUGUGAGCAACACCCUUACAUUUUCCUGUACAGCAGAGGAACUUCCUGAAACGGUUUUGGCCCACUGGUAGAUUAUUCAGUCUGGGAGAGCAGCACACACACAAACAUUAUCAUCAGCUUCAGCCUCCGCCAUCCUCCAUUUCAUUUUAUUCAGUUUCUUUCUUUCAUGACAUUUAAAAAGAAAAAAGAAAAUUCUUCCUUCGAGGAGUUCAAGGCAACAGACAUAGUUCUCCCACCUGCCCAUUUUACUCUCACAGCAUCUUUGUAAGGUAGGUUGGAUGUGAUUGGCACUUCAUAGAUGAGUGGCGAUUUGAACUUUGCUCUCCCUGGCCCCAUCCUUUAAGUUGCACCCGUAUAAAUGCCUCCUGUAUCCCCAAACACAGAAGUGACUCCAUUGGAUCCUAAGUAAGUCCAUCGUUUUUAGCUGAUGGUUCACACUUUCAUACUCACCACAUGAUGACUUACAGGUGUUAGAUGAUUAUAAUGAUGGCAGGUCAGACAUGGCAAGUAAAUGGAAAAAAAUAUAAGUGGGACCUGCAGCAAAAUAUUGCAACAUGGAGUGCUUUUGUUCGUAAUUCUAGUGACUCCGGUCCAUUUUCUCUUCCUCGAAAUAGUUAGUCUACAUGCCAUGACUACUUAGCAUUGGGCUGUUUGUGGGGGUUCAUCCUCCCCUUUAAGUUUCCCCCCUAUUUCUUCUACAUUGGCAAACCUUUGGGUUUCCCCAAGUCUCUUACUCCCUUUCUUUUACAUGUGGGUGGCAUCCCCUCCCCAUGCUAAAAGUGUGACAUUUACUGUAACAGCUUCGUGGUGAGUAUCUGCACCUUUUUUUCUUAAAAAACAAAAGCACCGGGAGGAGAAGUAUGUACACCACUUUGAGUUCCUUGGAGGAAAAGUGGGAUAGAAAUGUAAGAAAUGAAUAAUGAAAUAAAUAUUUAUUCCAUCCCAAAUAAGGUGAAAGAGGGGGAUCUCCAUGUGUUUUAGUGAUCUCCUAUGCACCCUUACCACCUCCUGCUGCUGCUCCUUUGUUUCUCUAUUCCUUACAUUACACCAGAGGAUACUGAGGAAAGAAGGCACUGGCUAACAGUAACAUUAUCUUUUUGUUCUAGGAGCAGGGAAGGUUAUACUGUGGGAGGCUGCCAGCAUCAUCCUAUCCCCAGGAUGGGAAACACAAAUACUAAACCGUGAGUUGGCUCUUGUUCAGCUAUUCUCCUCACCCACCCACCAACCCUACUAGAAAAGAAGAAGAGUUUGGACUUGAUGUCCCACCUUUUACUCUCCUUAGGGAGUCUCAAAACGGCUAACAUUCUCCUUUCCCUUCCUCCCCCACAACAAACACUCUGUGAGGUGAGUGAGGCUGAGAGACUUCAGAGAAGUGUGACUAGCCCAAGGUCACCUAGAAGCUGCAUAUGGAGGAGCGGGGAAGCGAACCCGGUUCAUCAUAUUACAAGUUCACUGCUCUUAACCACUACACCACACUGGCUCUACCAGGAAAGAAAAAGAAAUGCAUGUCUUAGGAAAUGAUGUCUGAAAGAAUCAGCACAAUAUCUAGAUUUGAUUCAACCUUUUCCCCCCCAUCAUGAUUAUUACUGCCACUGUAGCAUAGGAAUGAGAGUGUCAGACUGUGACUGGGGAAACCCAGAGUCAAAUCCCUAAUCAUCCUUGUCCUUUGAUGGGUGGACAGCAGACCAAUCACUAUCUGCCUAGGGCAGUGGUUGCGAACCUAUGGCACAGGUGCCAGAGUGGGCAUGCAGAGCCCGCUCUGUUGGCACGUGCCAUCAUGCCAGCAGUGCCGUUGUUUGGGGUUUUCAAAUUGGGCAGCCACUUCCCCCCACGCUUCCUCAUGAGUAAACCACUCCCCCCCCCCGGCAGCAGCUUAGAGGCAGUUUGCCUCCACAAAGCAGCUGUAUUCCUUCCCCACCCCCAGCAGUUGGUGGGAUUUUUGGCAGCCAGCAGGCUGUAGUUCCUGCGAUUGGUGACUUUGUCAAGGGUUUUUGUUGAUUGGUUGCUGCCUGCGAUCCAUGAGACUAUGUGUUGUUUCUGCUCCGCGUGCCAUAGGAAGCGUUUAUAAUGUGUGAGAAUGUUUUUCUCCCCCCAAAAAACCAACUGUGUUCCAAGCCCCCCCCCCCCAAAGCUCAACAACUCAGGGCAGCCCCCCAGCUCAUUUUAUUAUGGUAUGUUAACUAUUAUCCCAUAUUAAAUUGCUGUGUUGGCACUUUGCAAUAAAUUAGUAGGUUUUGGGUUGCAUUUUGGGCACUCAAUCUUCAAAAGGUUUGCCACCACUGGCCUAGGGUAUGGUACAGAGUUGUUGAGAGGAUAAAAGUGGGUUGAGUUGGGACACCUUGACUUCAUUGGAAUCAUUGGUGAGUUCUAAGUGUAAUAAUACUAUGAUGGGCACAUUGCUGCUAAGAUGUCUUUAGUUCAAGGGACAAUACUUUCCUAAGGAGAUAAACACUCUGGAGUCUUCUUCUUCUUCUUCUUCUUCUUCUUCUUCUUCUUCUUCUUCUUUUGCAGAGGGGAGCAUUCCCAUGUAUCACUGUAGGACUCAAGUCUCCUGAAGUUCAUUUUUGUACCCUUGGUGUGUCCACCUUGGUGUGUGCAUAAGGAGUUAAUUCCAGGAAGCUUUUUCUAUGAGUCAUCCUCCUCAGACUGCCUGCCCUGCCCAGAGGCAAUCUAAGAACAGGUCUGGGGUUUAUAGCUCCUUGUCUAAGCAAUAAGCCUUAACUGGUGUUUCUCUUUCACUCUCUGUCACAACAAAACUCAUAGGCUUCAAAAUCUGUAGGGCUACCAGGUAGAGAAAUGUUGACAAGUUUACUCACCUACCCCAUCACUCUUCCCCAUAUCAGCCUGCAUAAACAGAAUUCAGGAUCCUCCAAUGUCUUGAGAGAAGGCAUCUCUAGGCUGAAAAUCAGGUAGUAAGCCACAGCUGGUGUUUCUUCCCCCUUCCCAAUCCUGAGGAAACUUAUGGGCCUAAAGAUCAGCAGGGUUGCCAGGUGGAAAUGAGCAGGUGGAUUUGCUCAUGUACCCCAUCUCCCUUUUCCACAGCAGCUGGCAAAAACAGAAUUCAGGGUCCUUCAGAGUCUAAGCAGAAGCCUGAUAUUCAUUGGGAGCACAUUGCAAACGGCUUCUUCAACUUUGUUCUUUUAAGAAAGAGCAUUCAGCAAGGGGAGGUCACAUCCCAGACAAUUAACUGAGUGAAAUGCGUAAACAUGAUUACAGUUGGGUUUUAACCUAGGCCUUAUUUGUGGACACAGCAGAAUGAGGUACUGUCAGAAACCAGAGUUUCACUGUUCAUCUUUGUAUUUUAUCUGUUUGCUUUUUGCAGGCUGAGCUCACUGGCAAGCCCCACAAAGACGUCUGCAGGAGGCAUGAUCCAGGACCUGAAAGAGGACAUAACUUGCUCCAUCUGCCUCGAACCCUUUGAAGACCCUGUAUCCAUUGACUGUGGGCACAAUUUCUGCAGGGUCUGCCUCUCUGCCCACUGGAGUGGAACCUCGCGCUAUGGGUACCGCUGCCCCGAAUGCCGCCAUCCCUGCAGCCGGGAGAGGAUGAUCCCAGACACUCGGCUGCGGAGCCUGGUGGAAAAAAUUGGACAGUUGCCUGUAAAGGAGGUGGUUGAGGAGGAACUGGUAAGACCCAAUCUGGGGAGGCUUAAAGUGGCUUAUAUAAGUAACCAUCUUAUGCCGUUUCCACUAGGACACUUGAUGCAACAUGAAGGAAUCACAGCAUCAAUGCAAGUGCUGGCUGGGGAAUCAUAUUUUGCAUUUUCCUAGCUCCUCCUCUGACAAUGAGUUUUCCUAAUAGAAAAUGAAUGCUAUGAAUGCUCACCUCCAAAUAGCAAUACGCCCUAAAACACCUUAAAAUUCUAGCCUGCUGUGGUGAGAUUUAUUGGUCAAGAAAGGAAGAGCUGUAUAUACAGUGGGUGGCCAACAGUCGUCAUCUGCUAGCAAGAUUUUGGUGCACAGACGCUCAGUUGCCAGCCUGAUGUAAAACUGAUCACGAUUAUAAAUUGAUCUGCUGUGCUUUCUUCUGUGUUGAUGUCUCUAAGAUCCAUGGGGUUGCCAGACUGUGGAGCAUCUUCAGAUCUGGGUGACCUAUCCAUCUCCCUUCUCUUUCAGGAGAUACUGGUAUUGGAGCCAGGAAAGCCAGUGCAGCUGGUGGGCUUGGAUGAUGAUGGAGAUCUCUGCCUGGAUGAGGAAGCAUUGAGCCGCUGCUUGGAGCAGGGGCAGGUGAAGGACGCCCCUGUCUGCCUGGUCUCCAUUCUUGGGGAGCAACGGCGAGGAAAAUCCUUCCUGCUGAACUUUCUCCUACGGCGGCUUCAGAACCUGGUGAGAACAAAUGCAUGGGAACUUCUCUCUGUGUGUGUUUUUAGGGUGGGUCAAUAGGUGAUGCUUGCAGAAUUUCCAUUUGAAAAGGGUCUGGCUUGGAUGAAUGUCCUUCACGGAUCAUGUUGCCCCAUCUCAUCUAGGUAAUCAGCUGAACAAAAUGGGCUUUUGUGCAAUGGAUUUUGUGCAAGUGCAAGUCAGAGCUGAAAUAUUAUUUAUUUUAUUUUGUUUAUAUCCUGACAUUUUAAAUGAGGGCAGUGUGCAUGUGAUCAGCCAUCCAGACCCAGACCUGCUUAGCUUUAGCAAAGUGGAGACCACAUGCACCUUCAAAUUAUACCCUGGCACACAUUUGUGAUCCGAGCAGAAGUUAAGCAGCUGUGUGGACAUCUAAGGGUAGCAGAGGUAUAUGAAGAUGAGCCCUGCUGGAUCAGGGCAAAGUUUCAUGUAGUCUAUCCUGUUUUCACAGUGGCCACCUAGAUACUUAUGGGAAGCCUUCAAAUAGAACCUAAGUACAACAGUCCUCUCCCCGCAUGCAGUUCUCUACAAUUGGUAUUCAGAGACAUACAUUGUAUGCAGGGCAGAUGCUCCAGGUGGAUGGGAAGGGCAACCAGAGACACUCUUACUCUCUUCCACCCUUAUGGGUUCUGAAUCGGAGAGUGGUAUUGUCCUAUCUAGCUCAAUACCACAUCGCUUGCCUUUCUAUGUCCUGUCUUCAUGAACAUUCUGUGGGUUUAACAAGAUCACCAUCCUCUUUCUUUCUUCCUUGUUGACAGGAGGCUGAGGACGGAUCAUGGAUGGGUCAGGAAGAUGAAGCACUGACGGGUUUUGAAUGGCGACCAGGACCUAACACCACCACCAAGGGUGUGUGGAUAUGGAGUCGGCCAUUUUGGGUCCAGAGUGAACAUGAAAAGGUAAGAACAGCACAGGCUGUGAAGGUAACUAGGGAAAGAACAAGAGGAAGAAAGUCCCAGUGGAAAUGGGACCUUCUGGUUAUCCCAGCCCCCUGGAGAUGUCCUCAUGAAAUACUUCAAUUCCACAUAAUCUCUGCCCCACACUCCUCGCAUCCUAACUCAGCCUUCCCCAUCCUGCUGUUCUUUAGAUGUUGUGGACUACAGUUCCCAUAAGCCUCAGCCAGUACUGGAGUUGUGGUCCAAAGUACUAAAAUGCCCAGGCAAAUGGGAAGGUCUUCUCCUUGCAUUGUAAAGCUUAUAAUGUUAGUACUGGAACUGCAGCCUUGGGGAUUGAAGUUGGAGUGUCACCACAGAAAAGGCUCUCUCCUUGCAGAAUUACAACCACCCUGUGAAGUCUGUUAGGCUAAGAGACAGUGACUUUUUGUGGUUAUCUGGUGAGCUUUGUGGCUGAGUGAACUCUGGCCUUCCAGAUCCUAGUUUGAUAUUCUAACCAUUAUACAACACUGCACAUCCUCUAAGUUCUAUGGUGGGCAUUUAGAUCAGGGCCUCUCUGGAAGAUCUCAUGACAUUGGCUGGCCAGUACGAGAAGAAGAACUUCAUGGGGAAUUUGGAUCCAAAGACAUUUAGGAUGUUCAAGGCACAUACCACCCACUUAGGCUCAGCAAUGGACAGGAAGCCAAUAUGGCUUACCAUCACAACAGACACAUGCCACCUAUAAGCUAUAAGUAGGUACUUUGGAGCCCGCCGGCCAAACUAAUUCCUUUUCUCUCAGGAAACUUCUCCUAUGAGAGUCCGUUAAUCUCUUACUGUCCCUUUAGAUUGCCAUGUUCUUGGUGGACACAGAGGGGUCAAUGGAUGUGGAAAGAAACGUUGAAGAUGGUGUCAAGCUCUCAGCUUUCUCCAUGCUGCUCAGCUCCUAUCAGGUGGGUUCCUGCCAGAUCCCUCCUUUCCAGGUGUGCUUUCUCUUCUUCCUUCCUGUUGCAAAAGUAAGUUCAGCGCAUCUUCUGACACCCCUGUUGUUUCUUCCUAGAUACUCAAUUUGGCCACCAUGAUGAAGGACCCAGAUUUGGAAUACCUGGAGGUGAGUAGGAUUGUAAAAGGGGAAAGGGGGAUUGGGCAUUAUCCAGGGGAAGGAUGAGGAAAAUAGUUGGCUGGAAUAAAAAUAGCUGGUUCUCUCCAUGUGGGCUAGAAAGGUGGGUGGGCAAGAUCCAGAAUUCCUGAGUUCCCCCAAGUUUCAGGGAAGCAGAAGGCUGGAUAUAUAGAACUGGAAGGGACAAAGUUUCUUUUUGUCUAACAGUCCCUGAUAGACAAAAGGCAGGUUUCUGCCCAGCAGAACAAUCCAUGCAGCCAAAACUGCCUCACACUGCAAGCAGAGAAUCCAUGCACUGCCAGAAAAUGCUAGAAAAGCAGAUGCCAAGAGAUGGUUUGAGUAAGCCAUGCUGCACAUUGCAGUGAAAGGCAACAAAUCCCUAGGGCACCUUUCCCUGACCUGUAGCCCUCCAGAUGUUGUAGAUUGAGUUUUUGGACCAAGAUUGCUGUGGACUGAGUUUGAAUGUUGUUCAACCAUGCAACUAAUCAUGGACCAGUCAAGACUUCUUCAGCUUUGCCUACCUCCAAGGGAUAUUAUGACCAUAAAAUGAGAUGACUCCAACUAUUGUUGUGGGGGUGGGGAUACAAAUGGUGAUGUACAUAACUAAUACCACAAUAUAAUAAAUACCAUAGUCAUAAAUUUAUCCUGUGUGGUUUUGGCUCCUUGCUUCUGAAGCCCAUGGCCUCUUGAGAGGGGAAUAGAUCUUGUGGGCUGGGCUAAAGGGCUAAGUAAACCAGAUUUCUUCAUUUCCUGGGUGGGUCUCCCAUUUCCUCUGCCCACAGAUGUUCAUGUAUGUAGCUGAGACGGUAGGAGGCUCCUGCAGAUUAAAGCCUUUUCAGGUAAUGCGCACCGGCUGUUCCACUUCCUUCUCUUUGUUCCAUUCUCUUUUCCUUCUCCUACGAUUGCCAUGAUGUUCGUGUUCUCCGCCUCGCCGAUCUGUCAAAGAGCUCCUUUGUUCCUGGGUUCCCAUCUCCUCAGCCACCUCUCCCAGCCUCGUGUUCCUCUGCCUGGCACCCACAUCUCUUUUUCUCUCAUUUGCAAGCGCCCAAUAAUUUGCUCUUCCCACUGUUUUUGUUGUUGCUUUUUAAAACACCCCUUUGCAUUUCUUUUCAAUCAUAAGGAGAGUGUCACAAACCCAAAAUAACACCUCUAUAUGGAAUGAAAAAGGCAAAACCGAUAUAUAAUUGGGCAGACAUUGAUUUGUCCACCCAAUUCAUAUGUAAAUCAGCUCUGGGUAAUUCUGCCUAUCCCAAGGUUGGGAAUUUCAUUCGUCCAAAGGGCCAUGCUUCUUUCUGGGUCACUUUCCAGGUGUCACAUGCCAAUGGUGAGUAGGGCCAGAAGCACACAUGAGAAAACCAAGGGACGUGCCUUUUACCUUUGUACUGUAGGCAUGUUUCUGCAGACACUUGCAUUCCCCUCUCCGUCCUUCAUCUAGGCAAGCAACAGACGUUAUCAGAAUGCAAGGAGGGCUCAAAGGAGGGAGUAUGGCUUGGGGAGAAUCCCUUCACUUAAGUAUGUGCUGUGUGAAGGUGUGCCUCCUUUUCUUUGCCCUGAAUCUUCCCAAGUUCAGCUUUAUUCAGCUUGCAAACAGAACCUGAGCACAAUGGCAUUCUCCCACUUGUUUUUCUCCAGCAAUUGGUAUUGCCUCUGAUACCUGAGCAGUAGCAAUGGUAGCGAUUGGUAGCUUUAUCCUGACCAGGUUGAUGGUCAUCACUGCAUCUUCCAUAGUUAAAACAAUGCUCCAUGUGAGGAAAGAUUCUCCAUUGUUUGUUCUGAAUUUCACACCGUUCAUGGAUGACCCUGUGUAUUAUGAGACAGGAAAAAGAGCAUGUCCCUCUCUGUAUUACUCAACACCAAGCAUUGUUUUCUAUGCCUCUGUCAUGUUCCCGGUUAUUCACAUUUUUCAUAAGGUAAAAACAUACAAAUGCAACUGUUAAUAAUUAUACUGAUAUUAUUAUUAGCCGCUCACCUGACUGAGUUAACCUGCGCUUCCAUGGACAGCGGUGAGUCCAAAAGAACCAGUGGCUAUGCAUUGUCAUACGUGUGGAGGAAAAACUUACUGUAUUUUUUUGCCCCAUAGGACGCACUUUUCCCCCUCCAAAAAUGAAGGGGAAAUGUGUGUGCAUCCUAUGGGGCGAAUGCAGGCUUUCGCUGAAGCCUGGAGAGUGAGAGGCAUCGGUGCGCACUGACCCCUCUCGCUCUCCAGGCUUCAGGAAGCUAUCUGCAAGCCUUGCAAGCCCCGCGGGAGUUCCCGCGGGCUCACAAGGCUUGCGGGCAGCAGCCUGCAGCCCGAAGCACGGGGAGCCCUCUGGAGGGCUCCCCGUGCUUUGGGCGGGUGUCCGCAAGCCUUGCUUGCGGGUGUCCGCAAGGCUUGGGGCAGCAGCCGCAGCUGGGGGGGGGAUAUAUUUUUUUUAUGCAUUUCCCCCCCAAAAAAACGAGGUGUGUCCUAUGGGCCGGUGCGCCCUAUAGGAUGAAAAAUAUGGUAAACACAAUGCAGUUUCCAAAAAUAGACCAGAGGCAAUUGUACUUCAUCCAGCAGAGCUUUACUAGUGCUGAAGGCAAAUGAGCAUAAAUGGUUACAAAUCCAGUACAGUGGUACCUUGGGUUAUAUACGCUUCAGGUUACCAGCUCUGCCAACCCAGAAAUAUUACCUUGGGUUAAGAACUUUGCUUCAGGAUGAGAACAGAAAUUGCGCGGCGGCGGCGCGGCAGCAGCAGCAGGAGGCCCCAUUAGCUAAAGUGGUGCUUCAGGUUAAGAACAAUUUCAGGUUAAGAACGGACCUCCUGAACGAAUUAAGUACUUAACCCCAGGUACCACUGUACAUUAAGGAUUGGCACAGUCCAUAAAAAUCCAGUUGCAGCACUUAAAAAAACUUAUAAACUUAAAACAAGACUAAACUUUAACACUAAUCAUACUAUGUACACACCAGAGGGAUAGAAAGAGAAAGCAGAACCCAGGCUCUUUCUGGCCUAUAUUUAUAGUCAGCAUGACCUUAAUUGGAAGAGAUAAGAGAGCCAGUUCAAACCAGCUGUACUCAGCUUCCAGAAGGUAUAACCAAAACAAUCAUGACCCUUCUGCUUGCUUCUCUCACACAGAGAAACUUCCAGUAGCUUCUAGAAUCCUCUUGUAUUAACCAGAAUAGGAAAGAUCAAUACAUCAGAUCAAUACUUUCUUCACUAAGAAAUGCAAACUGGUCCUUUAGUGGCAGUUACUCAAUGCAGGUCCAGGGAGAUCCCACACCUGCCCUGUCCCGCCAGAAACGUCUGUCUUGUUGGGAUUCAACCUCAGUUUGUUAACCACCAUCUACCUUCCAACUGCUUCCAGACACUCACACAGGGCAUUCACUGCUUUCACUGGUUCCGAUUUAAAUGAUAUAUUGUUUGCAUCAUUUGGGUUGCACUUUUCUGCAGUUUUCAGCCUUACAUUAUUGUUUUUCAGACUCAGUGCCGGAGCUGGACACAGUAGUCAAAGUGUGGUCAUUGAAAGGAUUUGUGUAAGAGGAAUAGGAGCAUAUUGUAGGAAAAGCAGUUCACAUGCUUCGUCUCUCUGUUGCAGCAUCUUGAUGUCCUGGUGCGUGACUGGUUCUUCCCACCUCAAUUUGGAUUCCAGGAGGGACAGAAUUACCUCCAAAGUACCAUACAGGUAAAUGUGACAGUGGAAGCAUUGGAUGGAGAGUCUUUCUCCAGUUUCUCCAUUCCAACUAUGUGAGUAAGGUGGUUACCAGGGAGAGGGCCUUUUUGUUGGCGGCACCCCAUUUUAUAGAAUGCCUUCCGAAGAAAGACUUGCCUGGUACCCAAUCUAUGGCUUUUUAAGGUUGAAUAGAAGGCCAUUUUGUUUAUCCAGACCCAUUGAUUCAGGGAUGGGGAAUGAGAUCCAAUUGGUGGGGUGGGUCCUUAUCUCAUCUACCUUCAUGGGCAGCUUGAACUGGUGGGUAGGGUCACUCAUCUGUCAUCACAGUGAUGCAGAUAACUCAUUUUUGUCCACAUACUUUGAAGGGCACAGCUUUGUACUUUUCAGGUGCUGUUGAUAGGAGAUGCCCUUUGGGCCCAGUCACAUCUUUACCUACCCCACACCUGGCAUCAAAUAUGAUGACAGGUGUAGGGUAAGUGGGCAUGGCUUGGCUGAAAUGGCCUGGUGGGUGUAACUGGGCCACUGCUUUGAUUGCAAUAGGCAUAUUUAAAUUCUUGUGCCAAGUACUUUCCCCCUUCCUGAUUUUCUGUUCUAAUUGCUUUUAGCUUCUGGACUUACGUAGGAUUCUGGAUUUUUAUUCCAACUGCUGUUUGUAUUAGUUAUCAUUUGCUUUGUUGGCUCUAUUAUUUUUACUGUUGAAGUUAUGGCUUGUUGAAUGGGUUAGAAAACCAUGCAGAGAUAAAAGAGAGGUUACAGGGAACCAGGCAGAGGGCCUUCUCGGUGGUGGCGCCCACCCUGUGGAAUGCCCUCCCAUCAGAUGUCAAGGAAAUAAACAACUAUCUGACUUUUAGAAGACAUCUGAAGGCAGCCUUGCUUGGGGAAGUUUUUAAUGUUUGAUGUUUCAUUCUGUUUUUAAUCUUUUGGGAGCUGCCCAGAGUAGCUGGGGAAACCCAGCCAGAUGUGUGGGGUAUAAAUAAUAAUAUGAAUAUGAAUACGAAUAUGAAUAUAUCAAUCCAACCCAACUAGCUGCUUUGGAAGAGUGCUUGAGAAGUCCCAUUCACAACAAGCCUGGCUCCGGGUGGUUGUUUUUGGAUGGCUACAUCUAAUUCUCUCUCAUUCUUUCUCCUCAGAAACUGGAUCCCAAAAGGCACCCACGGGCCCUGGAGGCCCUCAGGAGCACCAGCACCCGCUGCUACCUGAUGCCCUUCCCUGGCAAGAGGCUGGUGGUGGGAACUGAGGGCACACUUGCAGGUAAGAACCUCUUCUCUUUCCAUCAUUCCCACAAGUUGCUCCAAAUCCAACUCUUGCUCCUCUAAUCUGCAUUAGCUCUGUGCAGCAUGUGAGCUGUUCACUCAUUCAUCCACUAAGUGGAGCUUUGGUUCCAUAAUAAACUCCUUUGUUAAUCCAUAGUGGCGUUUUCUCCUUGCUAGCCAAAGACUUUAAAGAGGAGAAAACUGCUUAAUUCUGCUAUCUGGCGGCUGGAAUUACUGGUUCCCUUUGAUGUCCUCAUUGUUUCUUUAGUCUGCCCAUAGAAAGCAGUACAGCAUGUACUACUUAACCCCAAAACAAUAGAAAAGCAUUUCCCCACUUCUAUCAUGUAAAAAAAGAAGAAAUGAUGUUUCUUUCAUUAUUUACCAAGCCUUCACUUCAAGGCCCCAGGGUGGGUCGCAAGAACUAACACAAAAUGUUAAAAACAGUUUAAAACAACUUGCAAUAACUUGGGUCCUUUAGUCCUUCCAGUUUCUCAGGCUUUGGCAUCACUUAUGUCAAACCUAAAUGUGAUGCAAACAAAUGUUAUCUGUCACUUUGAUCUACCAUUUCUUCUCACUUUCUCCCACCCAUAUCUAACUGGGCAGCAGCAGCCUGGAUCAGGCUGCAGGAGGGUGGAAGCUACAGCUUCUCAUUGCCUAGCCCCAGACCAAGGCGGCUGAACAUGUGACAUGUCAUCAACGCUGACCACUGACCAUCCUGACUGGGGUUGAUGGGAGCUGGAGUUCAAAAACAUCUGGCAGACCCCAUGUUCCCCAUUCCUGGUAUUGAAUGCAAACCUUUAACCGGAAGGUUGGUGGUUCGAGCCCACCCAUGGAUGGCAGUGCAGGACGUUGGACUAGAUGACCCUCAGGGUCCCUUCCAACUCUGCAAUUCUGUUGUUCUAAGUUACUGCUCCAAAUGCUCUGUUCACGUGCUUUUAGGUUUCUCUCUCCUUAUAUUCAGCGGCAUGGUCAAAUGUAAAAUUGGGGAGGGCUACUGAACCUUCAGCAUCAUUCUUUGUGGCCACCAGGGGGAGCAGCUGUUCUGAGAGCGUCAUUUGUUACAGUUCCUUUGCCUGAAUUGCCUGCUUUGUUUUUGUUUCCCCUUCCAGACAUGGAUAAGGAUUUUAGGGAUUGCCUGGAGGCUUAUGGGAACGACAUAGCCAGAACAGCUGUAAUGCAUGUAAAGAGUGACCAGGAGGGAAGAGCCCUUACAGGGGCACAACUUGCAGCCAAGGUGAAGGUAAGAGAUGCAGAAUCAAGUCUCUAAUCUGGACAGAACAUGGAGAAUUCCACCUGUUGAAUUUCUGCCUGUCACACUGCUCUGAUAGGCAAAGAAGAUGUGCUAUGUGCAAAGAGAUGGCUUAGGGUAGGCUUAUAUAAAAGAGUAGAGGCUUUUGGUUCUGCUCUGCCUUAAUGGAAGAAGACCCCAUGACAGCAGGAGAUUGUUGGCAAAGGGAAAACAAGGACGAUUGAGGGUAAUUAUCCUUGCAAAUCCUCCCCCCCAGGGAUUGGGGGGAUGGGGGUAGUUCAUCUUGGUACCUGGCUCUUACUCCGGCAUGGAAUGUGGGGGGCAAGGAGACGCUGAGUGCAAAAGCACUUUGCCUGCCGAAAACCUCCCUACACUGCCAUUAAGAAGUAGAGGCUCUCCUGUUAAUUAGAGUUUAAUUGCACUAAAGUAUAGGCAUGUGCUAAAAGAGAUUGACCAAUAAAAACAUUGCCCUAACAUGUACAUGUACAUAUGACAGAAGUUUGAUCCGUUGGCCCUCUUGUUGUCGGACUCCAAGAUCCAUCAGCCCCAGCCAAUGUGGCCAGAGAUGGUGGGAGCUGUAGUCCAUAAGCAUUGGUGGCAGGGCAGGUGUUCUUCAUCCCUGUGUUGCUUUUCAGCAGGUGAAGUUUUUCACAGCCCAGAGCUAAACAUUAUUGCAUGCUAAUAGCUGGACACCGUGUGAUUGUUAAAUGCACAGCUGUAGGGGCUGACUUAAAAGCUGGCCAGUCAAAGUCUAGUUUUCCUCUGAAAUGUAACUGUUGCAACACAGGGUUGUUAAGGAAGUAAGAUUUGGUGUCUGUGUGAUGCUGUUUUGGCUAUGUGAAGAAAAGCUGCUAGUAUGUAUGUGUAUAGAUGGGUGUACUCUUGGACUGGUUCUAAUCUAAAAAUAAUGUAGACCUGGCUGAUAUCCAAUGGGUGGAUGUAACUCAGUGGCAGAACAUCUGCCUUGAAUGCAGGAGGUCCCGGAUUCAGUUCUUAGCAUCUCCAGGUAAGUCUGGGAGAGACUCCUGCCUGAAGCCUUGGAGAGGUGCUGCCAGUCAGUGUAGACAGUACUGAGCCCGAUGGACUCUGACUUUGCUCUGACUUUGCUACAUCCUGUAUUAAUUAGGAGCAUCCAUAGCUCAGUGUUAGAGCAACACCUUUGCAUACAGAAGGGUUUGAUCUCUAGGUAGGAAAGAUUCCUGCCUAAAAUCCUGGAGAACCACUGCUGGCCAGCAUACAGUACAGACAGUACAGUGGUACUUCGGGUUACAGAUGUUUCAGGUUACAGAUGCUUCAGGUUACAGGCUCCGCUAACCCGGAAAUAGUGCCUUGGGUUAAGAACUUUGCUUCAGGAUGAGAACAGAAAUCGCACAGCGGCGGCACGGCGGCAGCUGGAGGCCCCAUUAGCUAAAGUGGUGCUUCAGGUUAACAACAGUUUCAGGUUAAAAACGGACCUCCAGAACGAAUCAAGUUCUUAACCCAAGGUACCACUGUACUGAGCUAGAUGGACCCAAUGGCCUGACUCAGUAUAAAGCAGCUUCCUAUGUAUUUUGGGACAGGGACCAACUCAUUGCCAUCCCUUCCACUCACCUCACUUGCUAAGCUGUACUUCAGGUCUAGUGUAGCCAGUGCUGCUAUUGCUAACUAGGAGAAAGUUCGAGAUAUGAGACCUCUCCGUCAGGCACACCGCUGCAACUCAGUAGUGCCGUUGACUCCCUUCAGCAUGUCCAAGUGUUAGUGUGGGUGUGGCUUGUCCUAGCACACAGGCUGAGCUGCAACUCCACUGCAGUGGAACUUAGGCCAUGCUGCCAAAAUCAAGAUUUGUUUUUUGUUUUUCUCUUUUCUUUCCCUUUUUGGAAUUUGCCAGUUGCCCUGGCUUGAACUCCAUUUCUCUUGUGUUUGUCAUUGGUUCUGCUUCUUACGUUUGUUUGUUCUAAACCCCAUUGCAAUCUUGAUAUUUUUAUUAUCCUAGUUGUAUUAAUUAACUGUUAAGGUCUCUUUAACUGUGCAGUUGUCUUAUUAGGGCCGAAAGUCAAAACAUCAUUUGUAAAAAAGCAAAUGAAUGUACAUGCUCCCAGUGUGGGAAAACAAAUGUGAUGUACGUGUGGACUGUGAAUGUAUUUAACUGCAGCACUGUGGCUUCUGACAGUAUGUGACUGUCUUUUGGUGUGGGGAGGCAGUUGUAAACCCCAUUCUCAGAUGCCACUCCUUUUCUUCUCUUUCCUUUUCAGAAUUUCUCCUCUCUGAUGAAGAAGUAUAAGUUUGGCUUCUCUUCAGUCACUCAGGUAUCAAACUUCACUCUCAUCAUCUGAUGUUCAUGAUCAGCCCUGCUUCUGUUUCCUUGACCAGGCCCCCAUAUUGCUUGUCGUUUGGCUUACCUGUUUGAUCUAUUUAAGCAGAAGCUGCAUUUUUGGACGCUGCAUCCAUCAGCCAAGGUAUAUUUCAAUGGCAAAUAAUACAAUAACCUUGCUGAAGCUAAGCAGCUCUGGGUUUGGUUAGUGCUUGGAUAGCAGACCACAGGUGUCCAUUACGUGAUAAAUGAAAUAAAAACCUUCUCGAGAUGGGACUGAGAGGUCAGUGAGUGGGGGGGCGACAGCUUCUGUUGCUGUGUUAUCAAUAGGGAAGGGCUAUAACUCAGUAGUAGACUAUUCAUUAUGCAUGCAGAAAGUUCAGGGUUCAAUCCCUGGCAGCUCCAGGUAAGGCUGGGAGAGACUAUGGCCUGAAACCCUGGAGAGCCACUCCCAGUCAGUGAGUACAACAUUGAGCCACAUGGACCAAUGGUUUGCUUGGUGUAAGGCAGUUUCCUCUAUUCCUGUCCAUCACCACAAGGAAGAUGUCAUAUGCAAACUGAAGAAGAUGGCUGGCACAAGCAGGAUUGGUGUAUGAAUGAAUACUUACCUUCCUUUGCCUCUUCUGGCAAUGGGGUUUGAGGGGACUCAACUGAAAAAUGAGAAUCUUCCAUUUCCUUCCACCCUCCCCAGAUGGCUAUCACCUUACACAAUCUGGACACCCAGGAAAAACUGCGGCAGGAGUUUGCAGAUUUCAUCAGAGAGCAGGUAUGAGCAGAACCAAAUCAACAGAUGUGGCUGUGGGUUAAGAAAAAUGUUGGCAAAGAAGAUUUUGAGGAAUUUUGGAGGGUUGGAUUUGGGAGAAGGAAAUAAAUGUGCCGUGCAGGUUGCUGGUGGCAGGACAUAUUUAUAAUAUUGGACCACUGUUGGUUGCACUUUAGGGAUAACAGGUGGUGUCGUCUGUAGGAUCCAUUUGAGAGAACUGUCCAGAAACAUUUAAAUUUUUAGAUGUUUUGGAUAGGAUGUGAUACUCCAGGAGUGACUUUACUUUUGUACAGUAGGCUAGUUUCUGCACACACUCACACAUCUCUAUCUAUAUGAUAUCCAGGCAAGCACCAGGCAUUGCCAGAAUUCAUGGACACAUUACAGCGAGUCAAUACAACAAACUCGCAAGAAAGUCUUGAAGUAGGAGUGGUGAGGCCUGUGACUAGCAAAGAGGGGAUCUAGCUAUGCUUGGGGAGAGUCCCCAAGGGCCAGAUAGAAAGGCCUGGAGAGUUACAUUUAGCCUCCAGGCCUAAGGUUCCCCACGGGUGCCAUAUGAUCCUCUAGGAGAAAGGGCAGGAGAAAUACAAUUGUAUUACUAUGAAGUGGGAUUGUCUUGGGUAAUGAACUGGCAUCUCCUUUCUGUUUUCCUUCCCUCCUACCCAGUUCUGUAACCCUGACGCAUCUUUCCUUCUUCCACUCAGGACGAGCUCUGUCGUCCCAUGAUUGCUGGCCUGCAAGUGACUCCCAAAUCCAUGACGCGGCGCCUUCUGAGCAAGCAGUGCGAAUUAAUGCGGCGGUGUGAGGAGUCUCUGCAGGGUGAUGAACCGGGCCGGACAGAGUCCAUCUUGUCACUGGAAGACCACCUGAAGCACGAAGCUCAAAUUUUUAAGGAGCGCUACCACCGUCGCUACAAGUCCCAUGCCCUCAAAGCUGGGGUGGCAAUUGGCGUGGGUGCUGUGGGGUUAGCUGGUGGAGCCAUCGGGGCUGGCGUGGCAGCUGCCGUGUUGGCCGCAGAAGCCAUUGCGCUGAGCACUGGCACUGCCGCUACGUUUGCCAUUGGGACCAUGGCUGGCGCAAGCACCUUUGCGGUCAUUGGGGGUGGGGUUGGGGCUGGCGUGGGGAGCAGCAUCGGGGAGAGGAAGACCCAGGAGGCCAAGAAUGUGAGUGAAGACGACCCUGAGGGUGAAGAGGAGACCAGCCUCUCAGACGAAAUGUGCCUCAUUGGGUCACGGAACUCACCUUAG